AAAACGUCUGAAUCACCUCACAGGUGUGAGCCUCAGAUUGCCUUUUCUCAAUAUGGAGGGCAAUAAUUGUAUUUUGACAUAUCCUCUCAUCAAUUUGAUGGCUCUUCAUGUACACGCUUGACUCUAAAUGUAAACCAACCUCAUGUGUACUAAAUGACAAAUGUCACAGACAAAAGUAUCAUCUUGUGGUGUUGGACUGCCCUGGGAGGCUGCCCAUAAACCCUGAGCUUUGACUACUCCAUCCUUUUUUUCCUCUCUGUUUUUAUCAACACAAAUAGUAUGUGGUGUCAUUGCGGAUUUAGGUAUCAGUGUUGGCAAAGCCUACUAGGUAAGAUUCGACAUAAACCCAUUAAACAUUGGUGGGUCAGUUGAGGGAGACCACCAUGCCAUUUCAGGACUAUGGACAGGGUCACAAUAAUAGCUUUGGAGGAACGGCUUUUCUUGACUCUUUUUUUCAACCAUGUAUUUGACUAAUUGCAACGGUAAAUUAAUAUCCCGUUUCUCCCCAUACGUUAGAUUAUGAUGGGCUAGCUUCCUGCUAGACGCAUUUCUCAUAGACCAACAGCAUACGAUAUUCAUUCUACAGAGACGGUUGACGUUUCACUGUCUCCUGUUUGACCACAACAAAAAUAGGAUUGCUGUCUUGGUGGAUUAACCCAUAUCACCAGAUACAUACGGAUUAUGUUCGCAUCAGUCGACAGGCUAUCCCUAUAUGUUGUCCGUUGUAACAGCGUUGCCAACGUAUGAACUGGCUGCCUACGUCACAGCAUCCUUGGGCGACUGGCAAUAGCGCAAAUAGGCAGUCGACGCGUCCAGAGGUUUUCAUUUGUUUUAAUACAGGAAGACGACGGAGGCAGUCUUACAGGCCUUUUAGUAGUCUUAUAGGCCAAUUUUGAGCAGUUAUGGUUGACAUUCCGCCUGUUAUAAACAUCUCGAUCUCACUGAAGAUCCAGCCAAAUGAAGGACCAGUGUUCUUCAAAGUAGAUGGGACGAGGUUCGGACAGAACAGAACAAUAAAAUUGCUGACCGGAUCCAAAUACAAAAUUCGGGUGGUCUUGAAACCGACGAACGCCGAGCCAGGUACCAUGCUCAUCGGCACCGUCAAAUUCCCCCUGGAGGUGGAGACCAAAGACGAGGAAUCGGUGGUGUACACCGGGCUCUAUGACACCGAGGGCGUGCCGCCUACCAAGAGUGGGGAGAGGCAACCUGUGCAGGUCGCCAUAGAGUUCAAAGAUGCUGGCAUGUUUGAGACCGUCUGGCAGGUCAAGUUCUACAACUACUACAAGAGGGAGCACUGUCAGUUCGGCAACAACUUCAACUGCAUCGAGUACGAGGUCAAGCCCAACGAGACUCGCAGCCUGAUGUGGAUCAACAAAGAAGCCUUCCUCUAGGCCCCCACCCCCCACCCCCAACCCCCUUCUGAGAGACUGGGCUGAACGCACGGCGAGGAGACUCGCCACUGUCACCAUCACAGCACUGUGAACUGCGUUUUGGGUGGUUAGGCGAGGAGGAGUUGGCGGACAUUUCGGAGCGAGAGAUUAUUUUUUGUUCUUCUUAAUGACCUUUCUCUGUGCAUCCCCAUACAAUAGCAGGAAGCAGGGGGCGAGUGUGGUUCCCUAUACGUCUCUCUUUCAUUCCCUAUCUCUCUCUCUCGCUCUAUCUCUAUCUAUCCAUCUACCUGUCUGUCUGUCUAUCU